AUGGGUCGCUCUCAGGAGCUCAGUGAAUUCAAGCGUGGUACCGUGAUAGGUUGCCACCUGUACAAUAAGUCCAUCCGUGAAAUUUCCUUGCUACUAAAUAUUCCAUGGUCAACUGUUAGUGGUAUUAUAACAAAGUGGAAGCAACUAGGAACAACAGCAACUUUGUGUGGCCUUCAGAUUGUCACAACAACAGUGCAUAGAGAGCUUCAUGAAAUGGUUCCAGUGAAGGGAACUCUUAAGGCGUCAGCAUACCAAGACAUUUUGGACAAUUUCAUACUCUCAACUUUGUGGGAACAGUUUGGGGAUGGCCCCUUC